AUGGCAAUCAACAAGCAACCCAAGAAGCCAAUUCAAUCAAGUCUAGCAACGACACUAUUCUUCAUCGUAGUUUUCACAAUUCCUGCCCUUCUCCUUCUCCACAGCCCAUCAGCUUCGAUUUGUACAACUUUUUCCUCCACCAACAAGCCAUGGUCGGGCGACCUUUUCAAUGCUGAAUUUGCAUGGAACAGGCUAAACUUCGUCGAUAACAAGCCACCGUCGUCAAUGACUCUUAAAAUUGCCGUCUUCUCUAGGAAAUGGCCUACUACUAAUACUCCCAGUGGCAUGGAACGACAUGCGCGCACACUGCAUACGGCUCUUGCUGCCCGUGGGCAUCAAGUACACGUCUUUACGUCUCCACCACUUGAUGAUGUUCUCACAACCUCAUUGCAAGAGCAAAAUCAUUCACAAGGAAGUCCAAGUUUGUUGCCUAUCAUACAUUGGCACGAGAGGGAACCGAAUAAAUGGCGUUACAAUAUGGCUUGGGAACAAUUUCAAGAAGAAAAUGAAAGCAAACCAUUCGAUGUAAUUCAUUCCGAAAGUGUGGCUAUCCCCUAUUGGUUAGCUAGACAUGUUCCUAACCUUGUAGUUUCAUGGCAUGGGAUAGCAUUGGAGGGCGUGCAGUCGAGUAUCUACCAAGAUUUGGUUCGCCCGCCAAACGAGCCCAUAUCACCUACCUUCAACAUAAGCCUACAAGGCAUGAUCCCUAAAGUACUAAACGAAAUUCGAUUUUUCAAAAAUUAUGCACACCAUGUAGCUAUAAGCGAUAGUUGCGGGGAAAUGCUGCGAGAUGUGUACCAAAUCCCCAUUCGACGGGUUCAUGUAAUCCUUAAUGGUGUAAACGAAGAAGAUUUUCAGCAAGAUUCAAGAUUGGGCCAUGAAUUUAGAUACAAAAUUGGUGUCCCCCAAAGCGCUAGUUUAGUCCUUGGUGUAGCAGGAAGACUAGUAAAGGAUAAAGGGCAUCCCUUAUUAUAUGAGGCCUUUUCAAAACUUAAGGACAACUACCCUAACAUCUACCUAAUUGUUGCUGGCUCAGGACCAUGGCUACAGCGGUACAAAGACUUAGGGCCACAAGUCAUAGUUUUGGGAUCAAUAAAUUCAUCCGAAUUACGAGCUUUCUACAACGCGAUCGAUGUUUUUGUUAAUCCAACACUUAGGCCACAAGGGCUUGAUCUUACACUAAUGGAGGCCAUGAUAAGUGGAAAACCUGUUAUUGCAGCAAGAUUUCCUAGCAUUAAAGGAACUAUUUUGGUUAAUAAUGAAUUUGGUUUCAUGUUUUCGCCUAAUGUCGAAUCUUUAUUGGAAGCAUUGGAAAAGGUUGUGGCAGAAGGAUCAAAGAGGUUAAUAGAGAGAGGAAAAGCUUGCAGAGAAUAUGCAGUUUCUAUGUUCACUGCAAGGAAGAUGGCAUUGGCUUAUGAAAGAUUGUUCUUCUGUAUUAAGAAUACAACAUUUUGUACAUACCCUUAA